AUGCGGCGCUACGUGCGGGUGGCGCUGCUGUGCCUGGGCUGUGGCUUGUGCUCGCUGCUCUACGGCUCCAGCCAGCUGGCCCUGGAGCAGGAGCCUGCCUGGGGGAAGCCGCAGGCCCGAGACCCCGCCGCUCCCGUCCGGAGACAGCGCGCCGGCGGCGGGAGGGUGGCGGCGGCGGCGGCGGGAAGCACAGGCCGCGGGGAGCCCGAGCUGCCAGACAGGUGUAAGAAUUUGUCUAUAUCUUACUGGAAUUCCUAUUGGAUGCUGCCCUCUGAUGUUUGUGGAAUGAACUGCUUUUGGGAAGCUGCUUUUAGAUAUGAUUUUAUGAAAACUCAGCCUGCUGAGAAGAUGCAUCUAGCAGUGGUUGCCUGUGGUGGAAGGCUGGAGGAGACUGUUACUAUGUUGAAAUCAGCCAUUAUUUUCAGCAUCCAACCUCUACAGUUUCAUAUUUUUGCAGAGGGCCAACUGCAUAACAGCUUCAAAGGCAUACUCAAUGGUUUGCCAUAUCAAGGAAAAUUUAAUUAUACCGUAUACCCAAUAACAUUUCCGACUGAGAGUGCAGCAGAAUGGAAGAAACUGUUUAAACCCUGUGCUUCACAAAGGCUAUUCUUGCCAUUAAUCCUCAAAGAUGUGGAUUCGUUACUGUAUGUUGAUACUGACAUCCUGUUUUUGAGACCUGUUGAUGAUAUUUGGUCUUUUCUGAAAAAAUUUAAUUCCACACAAAUUGCUGCAAUGGCACCAGAACAUGAGGAACCUCGUAUUGGAUGGUAUAAUCGCUUUGCUAGACACCCAUAUUAUGGAAUAACUGGAAUAAAUUCUGGAGUAAUGCUAAUGAAUAUGACACGUAUAAGAAGAAAGUAUUUCAAGAAUGAUAUGACAACUGCUCGGCUACAGUGGGGAGAAAUUCUUAUGCCAUUGCUUAAAAAAUAUAAACUAAACAUAACAUGGGGUGAUCAAGAUCUGUUGAAUAUUAUGUUUUUUCAUAAUCCAGAGAGCCUUUUUGUCUUUCCCUGUCAAUGGAAUUAUCGUCCUGACCACUGCAUUUAUGGAAGCAAUUGUAAGGAAGCUGAAGAAAAAGGAAUAUUUAUUCUUCAUGGAAACAGAGGUGUUUACCAUGAUGAUAAACAACCAACUUUUAGGGCUAUUUAUGAAGCAAUAAAAAAAUAUUCCUUUGGUGAUGACCUGGUUAAUUUCCUGUUACAGCCCCUAGAACUGGAACUGCAGAAGACAAUGCAUACAUACUGCGGAAGAAUAUACAAAGUGUUCAUAAAGCAGCUAACAAAAAGCAUAAGAGAUAUUUAUGAUAGAAGAUCAAAGGGAAGUUGAUUCUUACUACAAACUCACAAAACUAUUGAAUUCAAACAAAGACGGAAUAUAUAAAAUGUAUGAAGGAUGUUCAUGCAAGAAAUAUAAUAAUGCUUGAAUCACCUAUUCCUAGCGUGCCUAGGUAAAUGU